AAACAUCCGCCUUGUAACGUCAUCUUAGUGCGCUCUGAAAUAACUGACCGGAAGCACAUUCAGCUCUCAAAAAUCAUUUUCGGAGUAGGAGUUGUUGAUCGCUGGCAGUGGCAACAUGGGGAAGAGACAGCACCAGAAAGAUAAAAUGUACAUCACUUGUACAGAAUACACCCAUUUCUACGGUGGAAAGAAAGCAGAGAUCCCAAAAACAAAUUUCAGACGUCUGUCGUUUGAUCACUGUAGCUUAUCUUUACAACCAUUUGAAUAUCCUGUUUGCACCACAGAUGGAAUAGUGUUUGAUCUUCUGAGCAUCAUUCCAUGGAUAAAGAAAUACGGCACAAACCCUAUCACAGGGGAGAAACUAGAAGCCAAGUCUCUUAUCAAGCUAAACUUUGCCAAGAAUCAGGACGGAAAAUACCACUGCCCUGUAUUGUUCUCUGUAUUCACAAACAACUCACACAUUGUGGCUGUUAGCAAGACUGGGAACGUCUUCUCCAAUGAGGCUGUAGAACAGUUAAAUAUUAAACCAAAGAGCUACAAGGACCUACUAACUGAUGAACCUUUCACUCGGCAGGACAUUAUAACGCUACAGGAUCCUACUCAUCUGGACAAGUUCAAUGUCUCAAACUUCUUCCAUGUGAAAAACAAUUUGAAGGUUAUAGACCCUGAGGAAGAGAAAGCACGUAAAGAUCCAUCUUAUCAUCUAAAAAAUGCCAACAUGGAGACCCGGGAAACUCUUAACGAGCUGUACAAAGAGUUUAAAGGGGAUGAGAUAUUGGCAGCCACCAUGAAAGGACCAGAGAAAAAAGCAACAGACAAGCUGAAUGCGGCACAUUAUUCAACAGGUGCAGUGAGUGCUUCCUUCACGUCUACAGCCAUGACCCCUGAGACCACCCAUGAGGCUGCUGCCAUAGCAGAUGACACUGUGCGUUAUCAGUAUGUUAAGAAGAAGGGCUAUGUACGCUUGCACACUAACAAAGGAGACCUCAAUCUGGAAUUGUAUUGCGACAAGAUCCCAAAAACUUGUGAGAAUUUCAUCAAGCUCUGUAAGAAGAAUUAUUACGAUGGGACCAUCUUCCACCGUUCCAUUCGUAACUUUGUGAUCCAAGGAGGAGAUCCCACAGGCACUGGGACAGGUGGGGAGUCGUAUUGGGGAAAGCCCUUUAAAGAUGAGAUUAAGCCCAAUUUGUCACAUACGGGACGUGGUGUUCUCAGUAUGGCCAACACUGGGCCUAAUACAAACAAGUCUCAGUUCUUCAUUACCUUCCGUUCUUGUGCGUAUCUAGACAAGAAGCAUACAGUGUUUGGAAAAGUGGUUGGUGGUUUUGACACACUGACAGCAAUGGAGAACGUGGAAACUGAUCACAAGACAGAUCGACCUAAGGAGGAUAUCCGUAUAGAGAGUACCACAGUUUUUGUAGAUCCGUAUGACGAGGCUGAUACACAGGUGGCUGCAGAGAGAGAGAGGGUUAAGAAAGCAGAGGAAGAAGAGGAGAUGAAGGCAAAACCAGUCAUACCAAAGAAGGAGCAAAGUCAAGAGCCCAAAACAUACAGACCCGGUAUUGGGAAAUACAUAAACAUGGCAGCUGCGAAACGUCCUGCAGAAGAUGAUGAAAGUGGUCCUUCUACCAGCAAGAAAGAAAGGGUCACCCGGGGCUUUGGAAACUUUAGUGCCUGGUAGAGACAGCUGUACACCUUCUAAUGAUAGAAAUGACCUGUUUUCUCAGUCAUCAGUGUAGAAUGUUCGCCCAGUGAGCUCCCUAAAGCCUGUAACAAGUGGUUCUUACCUUGGUUAUUUAUUAUUAAAAAGUAUUGUCGUGCCUGAUCAUGGCAUCAUGCUGAGCUACAGAGAACUUUGCACUGGUGGUGGAAACAAAUGAGAAUCAUACACCAAACAGAACCUUAUCUGGUAUGGCUUCUUCAGGAUAAAAUUCAAAGCAGAGAAAGUGAAUUACUAUGUAAUGAUGCAAAUUUAGUUUACAACAUAUUUUUCUUCCCUAUGUAUAAAAGUGUCUCUAGUCUAUGCAUCAGAAUUGUAAAACAGCUGCUUGUUUACUAACGAGUAUUGCUACCUUCAGUGUGACUUCCUGUUUGAAUUGUGAGGCAGAUAAACUAGUCGGCGAAAAUACUUUAACCUUUUCUGUUCCAGAGGAACCUACACACCGUUGGUCCCUCUGUUGGAGAAAGGGCAAUCAACUCAGAUUAAAACUGAAAGAAAAUAGUAACCAUAUUUCUAGCCUUUGUUUAAAAUCUCAUUCCAGUGCAAACUGAUGUGUGUACUGUGAGAUCAUAUUUUCCUAUAAAUUGUGCAUUCUCUCCUGAGUGGUUCACCUCAAGGUAAAUUUUAUUUUCAACCAAACUCCCAUCUAUCUGUCUUGUCUCAAUAUUUUCCUACAAAUGCUGUAAUUUUGUAAAUUGUUUUACAAUAAAGAUACCUUUUUUUAUUUAGAAA